AUGGCCACCAAACAAGCCUUAAAAAGAUUAACAAAAGAGUAUAAAUUGAUUGUAGAAAAUCCCCCACAGUAUAUUGAAGCACGUCCUAACGAGGAUAAUAUCUUAGAGUGGCAUUAUAUUAUUACAGGCCCCCCAGAUACCCCAUACUAUAAUGGACAAUACCAUGGGACUCUAACUUUUCCAUCGGAUUAUCCAUAUAAACCACCUGCCAUUAGAAUGAUUACACCAAAUGGUAGAUUUAAAGAGAAUACAAGGCUUUGUCUUUCUAUGAGCGAUUAUCACCCUGAUCUGUGGAAUCCAGGUUGGUCUGUGGCCACCAUUUUGACAGGUCUACUAAGUUUUAUGACUGGUAAUGAAAGUACUACUGGAUCAAUUCAGACUACGGAUCAACAAAAAAAGUAUUAUGCAGCUAAGUCUAUACAAUAUAAUACUUUUAGCAAUACUAGAUUUAAAUUGAUAUUUCCAGAUGUAGUAGAGAAGAAUUUAGUUGAGUUACAAAAAAGGAAAGCUGAGGGACAUCCCGAGAUGGAAGAUAUAAAGGAGACAAGUAAAUAUAAUGAUGCUAUUGCCAAAGCGGCUAAUGAAAAGGCAAUUAAUAUUGAAGAUAUAGAAGAUCCAGAAGAUAGAAUUAGAGCAGAAGAAGCAUUACGUGAACUAAAUGAAAAUAAGGAUAAAAAUAGUGCAGAUAAAAAAGAAAAAGCAGGUGCAUCACAAAUAUAUUAUAUUGCAUUUGCUGUUUUCUUGUUUUUAUUAGGUGUGUUUGUAAAAUAA